AUGGCGGAGGAUAGGAAAGACGAAGCCAAGGCACCUCACUGGACUGCAGGUCAACUAACAGAGGCUUCUUCACACCCACAUUCACCUGAAAUCAAGGAGCAGGGUGGGGCAGGUGCCGGAAUGGUCAGAAGUGCCAAUGGAUUUUCCUACCAAGAGGAUGAGGAGCCGGUGCUGGGCAGCUGUGAGCAGCCAGGGACGUACACGCGGACCAAAGAGAAUGGGAUCAACGGAGAGCUGUCAGCGGGGGACAGAGAGACUGCAGAAGAGGUGUCUGCAAGGAUAGUACAAGUAGUAACAGCUGAAGCUGUAGCAGUCCUGAAAGGUGAGCAGGAAAAAGAAGCACAGCACAAAGAUCAGCCUGGACCACUACCUAUAGCAGUCGAAGAGUCAGCCAACCUGCCUCCUUCCCCACCUCCAUCACCAGCUUCUGAGCAGACUGGAGCUCUGGAGGAAGCAGCAGGUGGUGAAACAAACCAGGCUCCUGGUGUAUUUAAACAAGCAAAGGAAAAACUCUCAACUGCCUCUUUGUCAAAGAUUCCUGCCUCAAAGUCUAGAGCAAAGUCAUUGCUUCCUCCAAGACCCAGCUCAGCUUGCUCAUUAACUACUAAAAGGGCCACUUUUCUCGAUACAGACAGUUAUUAUGUACGGCCCUCCUCAGCAGGCCCAAGAAACUGCUUGCCCUACUCAAAAUCAGAUGCUCAGGAUGGAGUAAGCAAGAGUCCUGAAAAACGCUCCUCUCUACCAAGACCUGCCUCUAUCCUUCCUCCUCGAAGAGGUGUGUCAGGAGACCGAGACAGAGAGGAAAACUCUCUCUCCCUCACCGCUUCCCUUUCCUCUUCAGUACGACGGACCACCCGAUCAGAGCCAAUUCGUAGCAGAACAGGAAAAAGUGGAACUUCUACUCCAACUACUCCUGGCUCCACUGCCAUCACUCCAGGGACACCACCAAGCUAUGCCUCCCGUACUCCAGGCACUCCAGGGACACCCAGCUACUCCAGAACACCCCACACUCCUGGGACCCCCAAAUCUGCCAUACUGGUACCUACUGAGAAAAAAGUUGCUAUAAUUCGCACUCCUCCUAAAUCUCCGGCUACUCCGAAGCAGCUACGAGUUAUUAAUCAGCCUCUACCUGACCUCAAGAAUGUCAGGUCCAAAAUUGGUUCAACAGAUAACAUCAAAUACCAGCCUAAAGGGGGGCAGGUUAGGAUUUUAAACAAGAAGAUCGAUUUUAGCGAUAUUCAGUCCCGGUGUGGUUCCAGAGAUAACAUCAAACAUUCUGCAGGGGGAGGAAAUGUACAAAUCGUAACCAAGAAGAUCGACUUGAGUCAUGUGACUUCCAAGUGUGGCUCCCUCAAGAAUAUCCACCACAAGCCAGGAGGUGGGCGUGUGAAAAUUGAGAGUGUGAAACUGGAUUUCAAAGAAAAAGCUCAGGCUAAAGUUGGUUCACUGGAAAAUGCCCACCACGUGCCUGGCGGUGGUAAUGUCAAGAUUGACAGCCAGAAGCUCAACUUCAGAGAGCACGCCAAGGCCCGUGUGGAUCACGGGGCUGAGAUCAUCACGCAGUCACCAGGCAGGUCCAGCGUGGCUUCACCACGCAGGCUCAGCAACGUCUCGUCCUCUGGAAGCAUCAACCUGCUGGAGUCCCCCCAGCUUGCUACCCUGGCUGAAGAUGUCACAGCAGCCCUGGCUAAGCAGGGCUUAUGAAUUUGCUCAUUGCGCGUUGUAUGAAGUAAUAAUAUUUAGGCAUGAGCUCUUGGCAGGAAUGGGCUCAGAGCAAGUGUUACAUUCAUUCUUUGCCAUGUCUAAAACUAAGUCACAUCCCAAGACUUGUAGUUACCAUACAGUUAAAAAAAAAACAAAACAAAACAGAAAAAAUAUUAAAUAGAUGCAGAAAUGGGCCUGAUUUCCAUUUACGACAGGAAGACACUGGCUUUAUUUGGGUAUACAACUGCAGUAUGUUACAUUGGACAAUUAUUGUUGCUCUGCUCUGUCUUGCAUGGAGUACCGUACUAUGAUAAAAUGCAUUUUUACCUUUCAUGUGCCUGAAGGCCAUCCACCUCUUUCUGAAGAGCCUUGUUAAUAUCCCAAGUGGCUCAUUUAAUUGUUCUGUUGAUAGACGGGGAAGUAAAAAAGUUGCCCAUUGUAAGUUAUUACAGGUUAAAUAAACAGUCUGCUUACCAGAAGGAAGGACAUAUAGAGAAAAUCAAGUUUAAUUAAAAGAUGUUAUUUUGUAUAAAUGAGUAGAACAAAAGUUGAAUUAAGUUAUUAACAUUUUUUUGGACCUGGUUAAUUAUGUCAGUGUAUAGCUGAAAAGCCAAUAAAUUAUUUAACUAAUAACUAAAAAUCGUAGCUGAAAACAUUUGAACUGUGCUGGGGAAGUGACAUAAAAAAGCAGUUGAAAGCAAGCACUUCUAUCCCAGUGGACUUGUGUCUGAUUAGAAAGUUGGUUAAGCGGCUAGAUUUGUGUACACACCACCAGUUUCACAUCCUUUCCAUCUGUUUGAUACAGUAUUAUAGAUAUAUAUAUUUCUCUGUGGCCAUUUGUGAUACGCCCUCCUCAUAUACUUGAAUAUUCUACUUCUUUAUUCACAGUAUCUGUGUCUCUUGCACCUUUUGGUGUUGCAAUUUUAGGUAUGUAAAAGUAGAUGUUAGCAGGGUUUUUUUUCCCUAUUCAUAAGAAUACAUU